UGUUGAUGAUAGAGCCAAAGCCCCUUUGCAGCCACCCACAGUUCAUUUCAGGGCUGAGAACGCCCUCAAAAAUCUGUUUCCAAUUGUAUGGAAAAACUCUUGAAAUUUGGCAUGGUUUAUAAAAGUAUGUAAAAAAAAGUCUGUCUGAAAUUUGGCCUCCAUCUGAGCAAGCUGACACUGCUUUUGCAAACUGCUUUUGGAGAUCCAGUGACCAACAUCCUGAAGAGUGAAGCAGAACCAGAAGCUUUUCGAAAAACAACUGGCAGCAUGAAGAUUCAGAUGAAAAUCCUUGUUGGAGCGAUCUCUUGCGUCUUGCUCUCUUUGAUAGUUAUGUGCAUUAUAUUUAUUCCUUCAGAAGUUCGACAUAAAGAAAAUAAUCCUAGGCCUCUAACGUUAGAAGAGUAUCUUGAUGGAGACUUCAGCUACAAAACAUAUUCUCCCUAUUGGGUUUCAGGAAAUGAAUAUCUUCACCAGACCGAUGAAGAUGAUGUGAUUCUUCACAAUGUUGAAUCUGGCCAGUCAGUCAUCCUCUUGACCAACAGUACGCUUAAAAAAGUGAAUGCCACAAAUUAUGCACUAUCAGGAGACCACAGUUUUAUACUGUUAGAAAGCAAUUACUCUAAGCUUUGGAGAUACUCUUAUACAGCAUCUUAUCACAUAUAUGAUCUCAUAAAUGGGAUUUUUGUCACUGAAUAUCAACUUCCACACAACAUUCAGUAUAUAGCCUGGUCACCUGUUGGACACAAAUUGGCUUACGUGUAUCAGAAUAAUAUCUAUUUGAAACAAGAUCCCAGAGGACCUGCUAUUCAAAUAACUGAAAAUGGUUAUUGGAAUCAAAUAUUUAAUGGAAUUCCAGACUGGGUCUAUGAAGAGGAAAUGCUUGCUGUCAAAUAUGCACUUUGGUGGUCUCCAAAUGCAAAAAAUGUGGCAUAUUUACAGUUCAAUGACACUGAAAUACCAGUGAUUGAAUAUUCAUAUUAUGGUGACAGUCAAUAUCCUAGAAAAAUAACUUUUCCAUAUCCAAAGGCUGGAGCAAAAAAUCCUACAGUUAGAGUGUUUGUUAUAGACACUACUAACCCUGAACAUUUUGGUCCUAAGGAGAUAUUUCCUCCAGCAACAAUAGCAUCCAGUGACCACUAUGUCACUUGGAUUACAUGGGCAACAGACAACCGAAUCUGUGUGCAGUGGCUGAAAAGGGUUCAGAACUUCUCUGUCUCAGCCAUCUGUGACUACAAUGAUCGCUCCAGAUCCUGGAUCUGCCCGGAGAAUCAGCAGCAUAUAGAGGAGAGCCACACAGGAUGGGCUGGUGGAUUCUUUGUUUCAGCACCUUAUUUCACUUCAGAUGCUACUUCAUACUACAAAAUUUAUAGUGAUGGGGAUGGUUACAAGCAUAUUCAUUAUGUCAAAGACUCAGUGGAAAAAGCAACUCAAAUCACAAGUGGAAAAUGGGAGGCCAUAUACAUUUACAAAGUAACAGACAAUGAAAUAUUUUAUUCAAGCAAUGAAUUUGAGGGCUAUCCAGGCAGAAGAAAUAUUUACAAAAUUGAUCUUAGACGAAAUCCUGUAACAAAGCAGUGCAUCACUUGUAAUUUAAGGAAAGAAAGAUGCCAGUACUAUGGAGCAAGAUUUAGUUACAAUGCCGACUAUUAUGCUUUAAUCUGUUAUGGUCCAGGGAUGCCUAUUUCUACUAUUUAUGAAAACAGAUAUGACCGAGAGAUCAAAGUUUUGGAAGACAACAGGGAUCUGGACACUGCACUGCAAAAAAUCAGAAUGCCUACRUUGAAAAUUGACAAGUUUGAAGUAGAUGGUAUUACUUUAUGGUACAAGAUGCUUUUGCCUCCACGGUUUGAUAAAUCCAAGAAGUAUCCUCUUCUCAUACAGGUGUAUGCAGGACCUUGCAGUCAAAAUGUGAAACACACAUUUGGUGUUACCUGGCUAACCUAUCUUGCAAGCAAAGAAGAGAUGGUGGUAGCUCUUGUAGAUGGCAGAGGAACAGCUUUCCAAGGAGAUAAAAUGAUGCAUGCAGUCUAUAAAAAACUUGGUGUUUAUGAAGUUGAGGAUCAGAUCUCAGCUGUAAGAAAAUUUAUAGACAUGGGGUUCAUUGAUGAAAAAAGGAUAGCCAUAUGGGGCUGGUCCUACGGUGGCUACGUAGCUUCGCUGGCACUUGGAUCUGGCACAGGUGUCUUUCAGUGUGGAAUAGCUGUCGCUCCCGUCUCCAGCUGGGAAUAUUAUGCAUCCAUCUACACAGAACGAUUUAUGGGUCUUCCAACAGAAUCAGACAAUCUUGAACACUACAGAAACUCAACAGUGAUGGCAAGGGCUGAGAACUUUCAUAAUGUGGAUUACCUUCUCAUCCAUGGAACGGCAGAUGAUAAUGUUCAUUUUCAGAACUCGGCACAGAUCUCCAAAGCCUUAGUCAAUGCACAAGUGGAUUUCCAAGCCAUGUGGUAUGCUGACGAGAACCAUGCGAUCCCAGGCCUUUCUCUGAAGCACCUCUACAUCCAUAUGACCCAUUUCCUGAAGCAGUGUUUUUCCCUGCCUUAAGUAGAUGUUUUCUUCCUCCUGGACCUGCCUUCACAAAGAGAAUGGUGGCGUGCUUGGCUGUGGAAGCCAUGUUAGCGGCACAGAUAAUCUAUUUUCAAAGUAGAAUAAGAAAGUGAAAAUUAGGGAAGGCUUCAUAUUUAUAGUCUAUUAGUGACAUUUCUGCAUCAGCAGAUCAUAUGACAUUUUGUUCAGGUAUGUUUGUUUGUUAGUAAACAAAGGAACAAUAAGAAUAAAACAACUAUU